UGAAUUACCACCUUCUGCACGUCCCAUCCCCAGCUGCUCUCUUGUCUCUCAGUCUAAUCCUUACCUCAUCUCUGAAAUGCAGCCAGCUCUGGCAUGGAACAUAACAGUUAUUUAAACAUGCACGUCAGAUGCACUGCAGUCCCAAACAGAAAGUGAACUAGAAAACAGUGCAAUAACCUAGAUGAAUACACAGGGGGAAUUUUAGUUAGGCAGGAUGUAUAAUCAUUGGCAUUGGAAUCUGGCCAGAGGUAAAUCCUCUCUCAUGUUCAAUUUACCCAGUACAUAGCUCAGUUCCCCCCUGGUUGGCCAGAGAGCACUUACUUGUGAGCCAUUAUGCAGAAUCCUGAAGGCACCUAGCCGAAAAAUUUCAGGGCUUGAUUCUUCUCUCAUUGAUACACCUAUCUGACACCCUUGAGCGGAGUUACAUUCGAAUUGCAUCAGUGUGCGUUAAAGGGGGAGCCGGCACUAUCUGCACCUGGGCACUGCUUUUCAUAUAGCCUGCUGCUCUCGGCAGGAAACCACUAACAGCAGUCAACUGACAGAGACAAGAAGAAUUGGGGUUUCUCUCUGUGUGUGUUUUAAAAAUUAAAACUUAUCAAGACGGGCUUUAUGUUCCUCAACACACACCCUGCAAAGGACUUUUUCACGCUGGAGGAUGACUAGAAGUUAAAGAACUAUGCUGUAGUCUGAUCAAGAGACACACCAAGCAUGGGACUGUAUGGGAGCAAACGCCACCAGUCCACGCCACAAAAGCAGUGUGAGGCUGCGAAUAGGCAAAAACCUCAGGUAUUCUCCAGGAAGAAACCUCCUCCACCCCCGCCCCCGUUCAGACAACAUGUUAGUACCUCGCCUCUAAACCAACCAUCAGAGCAAGGUGAGGACUUUGUCAUUGUACUCUAUGAUUUCGCCUCCACAAGUGACCGCGACUUGGAGCUGACCAAGGGAGAGAAGCUUCAAAUCAUAUCUAGAGAUGGGGACUGGUGGCUGGCAAAGUCUCUCACCACUGGAAAGAAGGGUUAUGUCCCCAGUAACUUCGUCGCACAAAUGGAUACCUUGGAAAUGGAAAAAUGGUUUUUUAAAGCUCUCAGUAGAAAAGAUGCUGAACGGCUGUUGAUGGCUCCUGGCAACAAAGUUGGGUCUUUCCUGGUACGAGAGAGUGAAACAAAUAAAGAUGCCUUUUCACUGUCCGUGAGAGACAGCACCUCUGCUCAAGGCGACAUCAUCAAACACUAUAGGAUCCGCUCCUUAGAUGGCGGGGGAUACUACAUCUCCCCCAGGAUCACCUUUUCCUCACUGCACCAUCUAGUUCAGCAUUACAGCAACAAAGGGGAUGGUCUGUGCCAGAGGCUGACCACACCGUGCACAUCCCUGACUCCCCAGAGGCCCUGGGCGCAGGACGAAUGGGAAAUCCCACGGGAGUCUCUCAAGCUUGUGAAGAAACUUGGUUCGGGACAGUUUGGAGAAGUCUGGAUGGGCUAUUAUAAGAACAGUGUGAAGGUGGCUGUGAAGACCCUAAAGGAGGGCUCGAUGCCUCCCGAUGCCUUCCUGGCUGAGGCAAACUUGAUGAAGAUGCUCCAGCAUGACAAACUGGUCCGGCUGCAUGCAGUAGUCACCAAACAGCCAAUCUACAUUGUGACAGAGUACAUGGCCAAUGGGUGCUUGUUGGAUUUCUUGAAGACAGAGGAUGGAAGCCAACUAAAUCUCCCGAAACUCAUUGACAUAUCAGCCCAGGUUGCAGAAGGAAUGGCAUACAUCGAGAGAAUGAACUCUAUCCACAGAGACCUGAGAGCAGCCAACAUCCUUGUCUCAGAGACACUUUGCUGUAAAGUUGCUGAUUUUGGCCUGGCCAGGAUAAUAGAAAAUGAGUACUUGGCCCAAGAAGGUGCCAAAUUCCCUAUUAAAUGGACAGCGCCAGAGGCGAUUAACUUUGGGAUUUUCACAAUCAAAUCUGACGUCUGGUCAUUUGGGAUUCUUCUGACAGAAAUUAUAACCUACGGCAGGACCCCUUAUCCAGGCAUGACCAACCCCGAGGUCAUUCGGAACCUGGAGCGGGGCUAUCGCAUGCCAUGCCCAGACGGUUGCCCCACAGAACUCUACAGCAUCAUACUGAAGUGCUGGAGGAGCAAGCAAGAGGACAGGCCCACCUUUGAGUACCUGCAGUCCAUCCUUGAGGAUUUUUACACGGCAACGGAAAAGCAGUAUGAGCCAGAGCCUCUGCCAUAGCCCAGAGCCUCGCCACCACCCGUGGGACAGCGUUGGAAGAGACAGGCGACAGCAUGGAGAGCUAGCUGGGGGAGAUCCUCCACUGAGCGUUCUUCAGCCACUUUGCUUGGGUACCCCUUGGACAUCUAAUACAGGACUUCCCCCACCCCCUUGUUUGGUGUAUGCGGAUCCACUCUGGAUUGUGCUAGGAAAUGAUGCAUUUUGGAGGCUUCUGUGUAGCUGGGGCUGGGACUUUGCAAGCCUAUGGGGAGGCAAAGAGAAGCUUAAUCAGAAGUUGACAGAGCUCAUUCACCCCGUGCAAGGGAGUCCCAGCCCAGGGAGCCUGUAUCUGCAUCACAGUGAUUGGAGUCAUAGUAGGGGCCAGUGGACUCCCUUGUGGGAUAAGAGAAGCCAAAGGCUGACUGGGCCCUGGAGACAGACGUACUCCCUGCCUCUGGAGCUGGGUUCUUCCUGUCAGGGGGCUGGCAGGGCCUCAAGGAGGAAGCUGGUCCUGUCUCUGUCAGUGCUGCACUGGUUUGGCUGGGGCCUUUAAUGUCCAGGGCUGCCAGUCCAUUCAGUGCCUAUUGCCGGCCAGCAAAUAAAGAACUUUGUUGUCUGA